AUAAACAAGCUGAGGAAGGCAGGGGUUAAGUUAGGUGGAUGGCGAUUGAAUGCGUAGGCGUUUGUAUACACUCGUGGCUUAUCAGUCGUCAUGAGUGCAUGUCACGAGUCGAGGGCGUAUGAGAGGAAAUUGAAAUAAUCAAGAUGCACAUGUGGUACUGGUUUGGCGUGGAUCUGGGCAGUUUCUUGUUUCCAGGGUACAAUGUUACCACAGUAUGGGGUCUAGUGGCGACCUGCCUGGGCCUGGCUGCCCUCGCUUUACUGUACGAGGCUAUGAAGGUCUCCCAGAUUUAUCUGCAACCAACUGUGAUCAAGCCUGCAUCUAGGAUGACCUCCUCGACCUCCUCGGAGAGCUCCUCCCUCUUAUCCAGAGUAACCCGAAGAAAUUUUAGAACUUAUACGAGAUGUGGAAAGUGCUCGAGAUGGACACUGCAAGUGUUGCACUGGUUCCUUCACACUGUGCUCAGUUAUAUCCUGAUGAUGGCUAUUAUGACGUACAACGCGUACAUCACAAUCGCUCUCGCGGUCGGAGCCUGCAUCGGAUACUACAUAUUCGGCCCUACACUCAUACAAUUAAACUUGCAAAACUUUCAACGUAAACAAGCAAUUGCAGAAUGUGAUAAAAAUUGCGAAGAUAUUGUCUCAAAUCAACAGAGACGUGAAUCCGCCGUCUCUAUCAUUGCAGAACAAUUAGUCACCGAAGCGAAUAUCAUAAUUCACGUACCGAGUAAUACACGUGUUUUAACGCCAAUGGAAAGUCUGACAUAAUUUAAAAUAAUUGUUUUUGUUGUCACAUUAAAUAUUACACAUGUAUAUAUACUUAAGCAGUAUGUUUUUAUACAGAUGUUUUAUUAGAAAAUUAUAAAAUAAAAUGUAUGAUACAAAUUUAUAUUCAUAAUAUUUACAACAAAAUAUUCUUGUCAGAUUACUGUACAUAUACACAAGAUACAACUGUAUUAGAUACAAAAAUAUAUUAUUUUGUUAGGUA